AGAACAAUCUGGAGAAACAAGGGUAUCUUCUAAAGCCCAAAACCCUAGCCAUGGCUCUCCACCCUCUCCGCCUCCGUCGAGCUCUCACCACCGUCACCUCUCUCCACCGCGCUCUCUCCGCUUCUUACUCAACAGCCCGCCUAAGCUCGAUCCCUAUCUUCCAAUUGCCCGCUUCUACUUCCAUCUCGUCACUGCCGGCAUCACCAUCACGUUUCACAAUCUUCCAGUCUCGCUCGUUCAGAUCGUCGGCGAGCUUGCUUUCUUCAUCUCAAUACAAACUGUACAAGGAAGGGGAUGAGAUUACACCAGACACGGUGUUGUUCGAGGGCUGUGAUUUUAAUCACUGGCUCAUCACCGUCGAUUUCCCUAAGGACCCCAAGCCUUCGCCUGAAGAGAUGGUGCGCACUUACGAGGAAAUAUGCGCUAAAGGGCUUGGAAUAAGUAUUGAGGAGGCAAAGAAGAAGAUAUAUGCUUGCAGCACAACAACUUAUGAAGGCUUUCAGGCUAUAAUGACAGAGGAGGAAUCUAAAAAGUUUGAAAAUAUACCUGGAGUUGUUUUUGUUUUGCCAGAUUCUUAUAUUGAUCCAGCAAACAAGGAGUAUGGAGGUGACAAAUAUGAGAAUGGAGUGAUCACUCACCGGCCACCCCCGGUUCAAUAUAAUAGAAAUCAGGGGGGAAGAUACCGGGAUCGUAAUAGGAAUUUCAACCAACAGCGAUUUGAUCAGCGAGGCUCAUUUCCAAACCAGCAGGGUAUCCCACCACACAGUCAGCAGGGACCUAUGCAAGGGGAUGGAAGAAACUAUGGGCCUCCUCAAAAUUAUCCACCUCAACAAAAUUACGGUCCACAGCAGCCGAUGAACAAUCCCUCUGGGAGGGGUCCAAUGCCAUCAUAUCAGGGCAAUUAUAAUCAAGGGGGGCAGGGAAAUUAUUAUCCACAAGAACAAAGGAACUUCCCUCAAGGAGAACAGAGGAAUUAUUUGCAGCAAAGGGUUUAUGGGGGAGAUAGCAGAGAUCAUCUUUCAACACAAAGUGGCAAUUUUAGGUCAGGAGCAAAUCCUGGCUAUGGCCAGAAUUACCAAGGAUAUGGGGUUGGUCAAGGAGGUAGUCCUGGCUAUGGGCAAGGAGCAGCUCCCAGCUAUGGGCAAAAUUAUGGACAGGGAAGAACUCCUCCGGGCCCUGAUCAAAGUUAUGGGCAAGGUGCAACUCCUGGCUAUGGGCAAGGUUAUGCAGGGCAAGGGAGCCCAGGUUUACCACAAGGUGAGCUGAGAAGUGAACAAGGGGCUUCAAACCCAUACCCAUCGGGCAAGCAGUGAUAGACCAAGGGAACUUCUGAGGUAUGAAUGGUUAUUUGAAUCAAUGCUGGAGGGUGGUCAUGCCCAGAAUAUGGAAGUCACAUCAUUCUCUGUGUCUUUAUCACGUGCAAUAAACUUAGAACCGUAGGCUUCAAUGUAAAAUUUCUCAUGGUCAUGGUAAAUAAUCCAUAGUUCGUGUGUUUUUCAUUUUGGUCUCUAGUGGAGUCGGAGCUUGUAGCAUUUCCAGAUGGUUUUAAGAGCUUAGACUCAUGCUCCUUUUUUUAAAAAUUUUUUUGGGUAAGAAAGACUUUUGCUUUUGCUGCUGCCGUUAAAUAAGUUAUUUAGCAGGGGAGGUGUCAGUCUAUUAUUUUAUGAUUUUUGACUUUAAGAACCCUGGUAUUGACUUUGUGCACUUUCAUAGUGCAUUUCUGGACGAUUAGCUAUCGGGGUAAUGAUAUGCAAAACUAAUUUUUUAACUCUCGGAUAAUUUUUUGUUUAAUUUUUAUUUUUACGUCGCUUAGUAAUGAUGUGUAUCACUCAAUUCCAUGAAUUGAGUUCAACCUCUCAUCUCUCAAAAAAUUGUUCUGGAUAAAAAAAAUAAAAAAAAGUUCCAUUACAUGCCAAUAACACUUUCUUUUUUCUGUGAAAUAAAAAUAUAUAUAUAUAGAAUGUCGUUUCCCAAAUUGGCAUAACUUAAGAAUGAAGAUCAACACAAUAGAAUUUGGAUUGUCAU